GAUGAUUAUUUUUCAUGGAGAAAUUUGUAUUGAAACAUAUAAAGAGAUUGAAUCAAGAAAUAAGACCGCAGAUUCUUCAUUGACAGAAAAGACUGCACAUUCUUCAUCGACAGAAAAGACUGCAGAUUCUUCAUCGACAGAAAAGACUCCAGAUUCUUCUUCAUCAAGAGAUAAAACCGCAGAUUCUUCUUCUUCAAAAAAAGAGAUUGCAGCAUCACUUUCAACAAUAAUUUUAUCAAAACUAAAAGAAAACUUUUCUAUUGAUAGAUUUGAUCUAACAAUUGUCUGUCAUCCUUCAAAUGACACAUUUGAUGAGCAAAAAGAAGAGAUUGAAAACAAAUUUAUAGAGAAUUUUAUAGAUAUUCUUAAAGAAAAGAAAGUAUUAAUAACAUCGGAUAGUCUUGAAUAUCCUGCAUUGAAAUUACUAUUAAAAAGUAUUAAAAAAUAUGAGGAAAAUGGAGGUUGUCCUGUUCCAAUAGUUAUAUAUAAUCCAAAAGAAAACGAUGAGGGAAAUGUUAAUUAUUUAUCGAUUGUUGAUGAUUUGAAGAGAGAGAUGGAAAAUGAUGUAAUUCAUUUGAUUUUUGAUGAAAAUGAUGAUAAUUUAUUAAAAAUACAAAACUGUUUAGAAAAGAGACAAGAUGUAAUAUGGUUGAACAAUAAAAAUAAACAUCGUUUAGCUAACAAGGUGACAAAAAAUACUGAAUGGUUAAGAAUAGCCGAUGAAAAGAGAGACGACUUUCUCAAGAUAAUUAUAUUCAAUAUAAUUAAUAAAAAGAAAAUAUUUGGAAGAAAAUCAUAUUUAUCUGAUAUUGGAGUAAAUUGUAUGGUUAAAAACUUUCCUAAUUUCAACAUGAAACCAAACUUUAUAAUACAACUACCAUAUUCAACUCUAUCUGAUGAUAAUAUUCAACAAAUUAAGCAUCAUCUAACAGAAAAUGCAUCAUUAUUUUUAACUGAUGGAAAACCAAAUAGAUUAUUGGCAAAAGCUACAAAUGACAACAAAUCUAUAUGGUGUGGAUUUGUAAAGGGUGAACAUAAUACAAUCAAAAAUAAAGAUAGUGUAAGUCAAGAGACAUUAAAGGGUGCCGGUUUGGACCUAAAUCAUCAAUAUUUCUAUUUUCUUGGAGAAGAUGAGGAUGAAAUGGAAACUAAAGAAGCAUUCAUUAAACAUGUUCAGACACAACAUGAAAAGGUUAUUGAUGUCUUAAUUAAUUUUGAAGGCAAUAGUAAUGAUGAGGUUAUUCAAAGGUUAAAGUCUAAAAAAUAUAUUAUUUCUCCAACUGAAAUAAAAGAUGAGAAGAUGAAUGAAGAGUGCAAGAAAUAUUUGAAAACAUUCAAAAAAGAGGAAAAUGGUUUAAAAGACUGUCUUCAAGAGAUUUAUGAAGAAAAUUAUCCAUCCUUAUUUAUUGAUGAACAAGACAACGAAACUGUAAAAAAUACUUUGAAAGAAAGGAAAGAUAUACUGAAAGGCAAACAUUUAUUUAUAACAUUUAACAAUAAUGACGAGCACGAUAACUUUGAUAAUCAGUUUAUGAGAAUCUUUGAAAAGAAAUUUAAUGUAGUUGUAAAAGUAUUCAAACCAUUGAUAUUAAUUGAUGGAUGUUCAAAAUUAUUAGGACCCUGUAAAAAGGCGACACAAGAAAAGAAAAUUAAAUUAUAUAGUACAGAACCGUCAUGUCUUGAACAUAGCUCAAAGGAGGAGUGCCCUAAUCAUAAAGAGAAAUAUGACCACUAUAAAUCACUUAAAAAAUCAUUUCUCCCUAAAGCGAUAUUGCAGAAACAAAUUAUACAAGCGGAAGAUAAAAUUCCUGAUUUCUAUUUAAUUUCAAUAUUAAUAGUAAUUGGCGGUGAAAUAUACAAAACUCUACAAGAAAUAUGCAACAUACUAACAGUGAAAAAUGAUAGAAUUGAUAAAAAACCUAAUGUAUUUAUCAUUAGAAAAUGUGGAAAAACAUCAUUAUUUCUUUAUAGAUUUAUUUCUAUAAUUAAAUCUGAAAAGGCAGAAAGUGAAAUUUCCGAUUUAUGGAAAAAGAAGAUAAAAAAUCUUACAAUGACAAAAAAAGUAGAUGAAUGUUUUGAAUUGUGUAAAACAAUUUCUAAAUACAAAGAUCAAAUUCAUAUAGUUAAUUUAUAUAAAGAAGAUUUAAAAACUGCUAUUGAAGAUGCCUAUUUCAACAAAUUAAAUGAUGAUGAUCAAUUUGAAUUGGCAAUCCGCUGGGGAAUUACUCAUAGACAGUUUAAGGAAGAUUUUGAUCCUUACAUUGAAAAAGAAAAAUUUCAAAAUUACCAAGAAUUCUUUACAGAUUCCUUAAAAAGUGACAAUAAACGUGUCGUUGAAAUAGUUCAUAGUAUUUUUCCAGAUGUAACAAAGACUUUCUACCCUGAUGAACUUUUUACACUUUCACUUAACAACGUUAAAGGUUUUAAAUUCAUUCAGAAUUUAGAGAAAAAGCCAAUUGUUGUCUUAGAAAAGUUAAAUGGUGAAGGGAAAUCGAUUAAAGACUACAAUUUGCGUCUUGAAGAGUUUAAUAAGAAACAAUCGUGUGAAGGGGCUGAAAAACUCUUAAGCAUUUUGAAUAAUGAAGCCUUUAAUAAAAAUAAAGAAGCUCAAGAUCAUAAAAAAAAGCUUAAUAAUUUCAAAGAAGAGUUUAAGAAUGCCGUACUGAAUUUAUUUAAUGAACAUUUUGAUAAGAAUUCUUCAGUUUAUAGCUCACUGGAAAAUAAAUUGUUAGAUGGUGAUGACAUAACAUUCAUAUUUGCUUGGUCGAUUAUUGCCAACAAGACAAAAGUCUCGGAAUACUUUUGGCUGAAGAGUAACAAUCCUUUAAAAUUGGCUAUAUUUGCUUUUGGAAUUUUAAAACGGGCUAGGAAAGAGGCAAUCAAGGAAUAUGAUACUUUUUUAGCUACAUCCUUGUUAGAGAGGAAACAAGUUUGGAAAGACAAAGCCCUUAGAUAUUUAAAUGAUGCUUGUGAAAAUGAUAAAAACAUUAUUGACAAAAAAGUAAAGGAAGAAGCGAAGCAGAGACCAAAUUCCAUAGACUCUGCUAGAGCUGUAAGAUUUAAAGAAUAUAUUGCCAGUGCAUUUGGCCAAUGGUAUUUGAAUGAAUUAUGGCAAGGAAACUUGGGCAAUGGAACCAAUUUUUCACCAAGAGUAAAAUUUUGGAUAGCUCUCGUAAGUAUGAUAUUUAAUUAA